AUGGCAAUGCGACAUUCUUUAGUGUGGAAUAAUAAAAAGGAAAUGGGUGACGGUCUUUUCAAGAUAGAAAUUCUCUUGCAAGGUAUUGGCAUCCUAAUGGCAUGAAAUGUCAUCCUUGCCUCAUUUGACUUCUUCAAUGCAGAGUUUUCAGGUGAUAAUCCAUCGUUCAUCUUCCCAAUCCUUAACAAUGGGACCUCAAUCAUCAUUCAGCCUUUAAUUGUUCUUUACGGACAUAAGUUCAGUUAUACUAACUCCUCCCCCCGUGAGUGAACAAAAAAUCUUGUUCGCUCACGGAGGGGUUUAAUUUUUUGUUUUAAAAAAAUUUAGAAAAUUUUUUUUUUGAAAUUUAAAAAAUCCCACUUCGCAAAAAUUGGAAAGCAAAUAUUAAUUUAACUUGCAAAAUUUAUGCUUUAAAUAGCAAUUUGUUCAAAAUUAAACAGAAUUAGCUCGAGAUUUCAUGAUAAUAAUUAUCACUUAUAUAUCAAAAUUAUUUUUCAUAAAAAAUUUGUUUAUUAAAAAAAAUUUUGGUUCGCUCAUGGAAGGUGGGUUUUUGGGCAAAAAAUGGGGAUUUUUCUAAUGGUUUUGUUCGCUCAUGGAGGGGGAGUAAGCGCAUAACCAUAAGCUAUGCAAUAAUCGCAGCCAUGCUGGUUAUUUCGCCGCUGUUCUCACACUUUUUGGGCGGCUCAAUUGGAUUCCCAAUCAUGUGCAUUGUCAUUCUGGUUAUGGGCAUGUCCAAUGUGGUAUGCCAGACUACAGCGUUUGCAAUGGCUGGGACUUUGCCAGAUGAGUACACUAAUUACGUGAUGAUUGGAAACGGUGUUGUAGGUGUCUUUGUCGAUCUACUUAGGCUUAUCUGCUUAGCAUCUUUCCCUCAAGACAGAACUGGGUACUUUAUAAGCACUUUAGUGUACUUUGUCAUUGCCGCUGCUGUCUUGAUCAUCUGCAUUUUUGCUCAAAUUCACUUAAUCAAAAAUCCUCUUAUGAUUGAGUCGUUAGCUAAAACAGGAGCCAAAAUAGCAGGUGACCGAAAAGACGAAGAACUUCGCUACGUAGAAGAUGAACAGCCAGCUGACGACAAGACCUCAAAACUGCUCAGCACAGUCCCAGUAGCUCCUAUCAAACAAAUCGACAACAAGCUAUUACUAUCAAAAAUCUGGCAGCCUCUCUUUUUAGUGUGGCUUUGCUACGUCAUAACUUUUGGAAUGCUGUCUGGCGUAGCACUGGCAACGAGUAUCCCGUAACCUUUAUGUAGAGAAAUGCCUUAUUCAUACUUCUCGACGCUCAUGGUCACAACUUUCAAUAUAUUCGAUUUCUUAGGCAGAUCAACCCCUAGGUUCUAUAUUUUAUCCAUAAGGAUGUUGUGAAUCAUUGUCCUAGCAAGAUUUGUCACUUGGAUUACCUUUAUUUUGAUAGCAUCUGAUGAUCCAAGUAUUUCCCCUGCUUGGCUCUUCAGCUAUGCGUGGUUCAAAUUUGUGAACAUGGCGAUUUUUGCAUACACAAACGGGUUUACAUCAACUUGUGCAAUGAUUUUGGGCCCAGCCCAAGUAGAAGGGUACAUGAAAGCCAAAGCUGGAUCUUUAAUGUCAAUGGGGCUUCUUUACGGAAUUGUUUCUGGGUCUUUGGUGGCACUGGCGUUCACAAAUGUGGGACACAUCCCAAGUUAG